CUUUGUUUUGUGCUGGAAAGAGAAACAGAACAACAAUACGACAACCCAAGCCUAGGCGUACAAAGCGAUCAAUACCACACCACUGYUCAUAAAUCAGACACUCGAAAUACCCAGGCAGCACAAAGCGAGAGAAACGUGGCACAACAACUACACCCUAGCAAAGGAAAACAAUGUCUCUUUCGUGCGAAAUUUCGGGAGAGCCGCUGCCGGUCAAUGGCGACGGCAGCAACGAAGUUGUCGUCACACCGUCGGGUCACAUCUGCAUCAAGCGCCUGCUGCUGACUAAACUCGCMGAAAACGGUGGGGUCGAUCCCUUCGAAACCGCCAAAAAUCUGCCCCUAUCGGAAGACCAGCUCGUCACGCUACAGGCCACAAACAGCGGGAGCGUCCACUCGUCUUCGGUGGUGCCGCCCCGUCCCCAGGCCACAUCACUGCCGGGAAUGCUGGGUCUGAUCCAGAAGGAGUACGACGCCCUGGUCCUGGAGCUCUUUGAUACCCGAAAGGCACUGGAGGAGACCCGCCGCGAGCUCAGCCAGGCCCUCUACCAGAACGAUGCUGCCAUUCGGGUGGUGGCUCGGGUGGCCCAGGAACGCGACGCGGCUAAGCAGCAACUGGAGCAAUGGAACGCGAGCGCAAACGCAAAUUCUGGAGCUACGGCCGUUGCUUCUGCCCCGAGCGCCCAGGAAGAAGAGGCCACGGUGGCCGCUCCACCGACCGGGGACCAGCCCUCGGCGAAGCGGCGGAGGAUUCUCGAACCCACCGCCGAGGUGCUCGAAAACGAUCUWCCGGAGGACGAUUUGCAGGCCAUGACCGAGGUAUGGACGCAGCUCAACAAGGUCCGGAAACCAACCCUCAAGGCUGCGGCCGCCGAGGCCCCGUCUCCGCAGAACCUUGCGAGCUGUGCCUUUUUGGACAAGAAGGCGUGGCACAAAUCUACCAACCGCGGGAUCUCCUGCAUCGCCAGCGACAACCAUCUCACCGCGACGGCCGGAAAGGACAAGCACGUCGUGGUCUACAACGAGGCUGACCAGGUCGUCCAACACACGUUUAACUUUGGUUCUGUGGCUACCUGUGUUGGCAUCGGGAAGACGGUAGUCGUUGCCGGAAACGCGAAGGGGAAAAUUUCYGUCUUUUCCAUGGAUGGUGGCGGUGGCAAGGCAGACAUCGACAUUGGUGCGGAAGUUGUCGACGUUCGGGUCCAUCCGACCGACCAGCACAUUUGUGCGGCCACGGCGGACGGGCGUCUGAUCGUCGCGUACUGGAUGGCCGAAGAGAAGCGCCUGCAGCAAAUUGCAACCUUUCGGACCAAAGACAGCGAGGGGUACACGGCCGCGUGCCUUCACCCCGACGGCCUCAUAUAYGUGGCGGGAACCAAAAUGGGCAAGCUUCACGUGUGGGACUUCAAGAACAAGGUUCUAGCGGCGACGUUGCAGGUGAGUACCGUAGGAGGACAUGGCUGCUGGGAAAUAGGAGGGAAGGAUAAUUUGUUUCGUUUCGCGAGCCUUUCUAGAAGGCCCUAGGAUAACGCUUUGCCGUSCUUUUUGAGUAGCGACCGCAYCGCGAAACUUUUGAAUGUGAUCGAUUGUAAUUCUUUUUCUUCGGACUCAUWUUUCGUCUUGUAAAUCUCUACACGAUGCGCCCCGUUUGCCGAUAGGAUGGGGAAAUAUCGGACGGAAUCACCACCAUUGCAUUUUCCAACAACGGUUAUCACAUUGCGGCCGGGCACGAUUCGUCCAYUGUACGGUUUUGGGACCUGAGRAAGCAAAAGGUCUCGGCGUCCAUCAAGUGCGACGAGGGCGAGUUGUCGGUGAAAUCGGUCGAGAGCGUGGCAUUCGAUAAGGCAGGGAAGUACGCCGCGAUGGGAGGCAAAGGAGGAGUCAAAAUCACAACGGUAAAAGAAUGGGGGGUCACCGGAUGUUUCGAAACAAAGAAUCCCGUGUCCGGAAUCGUGUGGAGCGACAGCAAUUCGAGUAGUKUGUUGGAAGUGUCCUUUGGCAACGAACGCGCAGUUCAAUUGUACGGCGUCGCUUCCUCMGAUGCAAAAAUGGAGGAAUAGGUAGGGCUGGUGUACAUCCGCAUAACUUUCGUAAGCUUUUGUAUACAAGAUGGGAAAAAACGAAAAUGGCCGCAAAUGCCGGAGCAAGUUUGAUUGAUGAACUGAACCAACGAGCACUUUUUCGGCCUGUGUCAUGUCGUGAGAUAGCUGCUAAACAAUGAAAUUAGGUCCAGAAAAGUAAUUGUUGAAAGAAGUGCACACACCACCUCUUCCCAAAAUGUAGAAUGAACGUAUGAUCUAUAGCAUUGUCGUACCGUUUACGUAAUUUGCAAUAAUUCUCUCGCCACGCG